AUGGCGGCGGGCGGGAGCCUUUCACAUUCCUGCGCUGCAUCGUGCUCGGGGAGGGGGGAGGAAGAGCGGGAGAACCUCGCGAGACCUGGGGCGGGGAAGGGCGAGAUUUCAUCGGAGCUGGAAGAGGAGUCUGAAACUUUUGAGCUAAGCAAAGAAUAUGAAGAAUUAAUAAAGCUAAAAAGAAGUGGUUCUAUUCAAGCAAAGAAUCUGAAAAGCAAAUUUGAGAAAAUAGGACAAUUAUCUCAAGAAGAAAUACAGAAGAAGAUUGAAGAAGAACGAGCCAAAAGAAGAGCAAUGGAUGAAGAAAUAAGAGAAAGGGAAGCUGAGAAGUUUCAAGAGGAUGAUGAGGUAGAUGUGAGACCAGCCAAGAAAUCUGAGGCUCCAUUUACUCAUAAAGUAAAUAUGAAGGCACGUUUUGAGCAAAUGGCAAGGGCUAGGGAAGAAGAAGAACAGAGGAGAAUUGAAGAACAAAAAUUACUCCGCAUGCAGUUCGAACAAAAAGAAAUUGAUGCUGCAUUACAGAAGAAAAGGGAAGAAGAAGAUGAUGAUGAGGGAAGCGUUAUUAAUGGUUCUACUUGUGAAGAUGAGGAAGAUCAAGCUCGAUCUGGAGCUCCCUGGUUCAAGAAGUCACUGAAAAACACAUCGGUUGUUGAUGGUGAGCCAGUGAGAUUUACAGUUAAAAUUACUGGAGAACCAAAACCUCAAGUCACAUGGUGGUUUGAGGGGGAAAUGUUGCAGGACUCUGAGGACUAUCAAUAUAUUGAAAGAGGAGAAACCUAUUGCCUUUAUUUGCCUGAAACCUUCCCAGAAGAUGAAGGUGAAUAUAUGUGUAAAGCAGUCAACAACAGAGGCACAUCUGCUAGCACCUGUAUUCUCACCAUUGAAAGUAAGACUGAUGACUACUAAUGCUCUACUUUAGCUGGAAUCUUUCUUCCCCUCAAAACUUUCUUACUGCAUCAUCUCUUUUUCUGAUGGGGCCAACUAAAGAAAGCAAGGAUAUGUACUGUCAUUCCUGCAUCAGAUACGAAUAACCUUCAAGUUGUGUGUCCAGGUUCCUUGCUCAGUACAGAAUUUAGUAUUGCAGGCUAAAAAAAAGGAAUCAAUGUGUGAAAGAUCAACUAAAAGGAAAAACUGAAUGAUAGUAGUGCUCCCAUAUUUGAAGACCAACUGUUGUGUAAUAGUAUAAAGCUGAAUACACAAUCUGGAAACUUUUAUAGUAGUGUAAAUCUACCGGUAUAGUUUUGCAUGAGCACUAAAUAUUUAAGCUGUCUUACUUUAUCCCAGAGGCAUAGAACUGGCAAAAGGAAAUACUUAUCGACGAUUUUUCAAGAAUUCAGUGUAUUAUUUUUAAACAAUAAAAGAUUACAUAACUGCUUA